GCGCAAGCACGGCCGCCUCGGCGCGCCCGGGUUGGCUGCUCCGGCGGCCUCCACGGCAGUAAUGGCUUCUCUGAUGUGAUAGUUUCCCCCGCCCCCUCGCGUAGGACGCGGCGGUGGGGCGGCGGUGGAAAGCCCAACUUUAUUGUUCCCCCGGCCCACCUCCCGGCGCGUCCUCAGGAUGCUCGGGAGCUGAGCGCCGGGGGCGGCGGAGGGUCGCGGUCCGUCCGGGCCCUCGCCUCAGAGCGCAGGGCCAAGGGAGGGAGGGAGUCACGAUGUCAGGUAGCCGCCAGGCCGGCUCGGGUUCCGCUGGAACGAGCCCCGGCUCCUCGGCCGCCUCCUCGGUGACUUCCGCCUCCUCGUCCUUAUCCUCGUCUCCGUCGCCGCCUUCCGUGGCGGCCUCGGCGGCGACGCUGGUGUCGGGCGGUGUGGCUCCGGCCGCGGGCUCCGGCGGCCUCGGCGUCCCGGGGCGGCCUGUGCUAGUGGCGGCCGCGGUGUCUGGCAGCGCGAGCGCCGGCGGGGCGGUGUCCGCGGGCCAGUCCCGGCUCAGCUGCGCGGCCAGGCCCAGCGCCGGCGUUGGAGGGAGCAGCUCCAGCCUCGGCAGCAGCAAUAGGAAGCGACCUCUGCUCGUCCCGCUUUGCAACGGGCUCCUCAACUCCUACGAGGACAAAAGCAACGACUUCGUCUGCCCCAUCUGUUUUGAUAUGAUUGAGGAGGCAUAUAUGACAAAAUGUGGCCACAGCUUUUGCUACAAGUGUAUUCAUCAGAGUUUGGAGGACAAUAAUAGAUGUCCCAAGUGUAAUUAUGUUGUGGACAAUAUUGACCAUCUCUAUCCUAAUUUCUUGGUGAAUGAACUCAUUCUCAAACAGAAGCAAAGAUUUGAGGAAAAGAGGUUCAAAUUGGACCACUCAGUGAGUAGCACCAAUGGGCAUAGAUGGCAAAUAUUUCAAGAUCUGCUAGGAACUGAUCAAGACAACCUUGAUUUGGCCAAUGUCAACCUCAUGUUGGAAUUAUUAGUUCAGAAGAAGAAACAACUGGAGGCAGAAUCACAUGCAGCUCAGCUACAGAUUCUUAUGGAAUUCCUCAAGGUUGCAAGGAGAAAUAAGAGAGAGCAAUUGGAACAGAUCCAGAAGGAACUAAGUGUUUUGGAAGAGGAUAUUAAAAGAGUGGAAGAAAUGAGUGGCUUGUACUCUCCCGUCAGUGAAGAUAGCACAGUGCCUCAAUUUGAAGCUCCUUCUCCAUCACACAGUAGCAUUAUUGAUUCUACAGAAUACAGUCAACCUCCAGGUUUCAGCGGGACUUCUCAGACAAAGAAACAGCCUUGGUAUAACAGCACAUUAGCAUCAAGACGAAAGCGACUCACUGCUCAUUUUGAAGACUUAGAGCAGUGUUAUUUUUCUACAAGGAUGUCUCGUAUCUCAGAUGACAGUAGAACUGCAAGCCAGUUAGAUGAAUUUCAAGAAUGCUUGUCCAAGUUUACUCGCUACAACUCAGUAAGACCAUUGGCCACAUUGUCUUAUGCUAGUGAUCUCUAUAAUGGUUCCAGCAUAGUUUCUAGUAUUGAAUUUGACCGGGACUGUGACUAUUUUGCAAUUGCUGGAGUUACAAAGAAGAUUAAAGUCUAUGAAUAUGGCACAGUCAUCCAGGAUGCAGUGGAUAUUCAUUACCCUGAGAAUGAAAUGACCUGCAAUUCCAAAAUCAGCUGUAUCAGUUGGAGUAGUUACCAUAAGAACCUGCUAGCCAGCAGUGAUUAUGAAGGCACUGUUAUACUAUGGGAUGGAUUCACAGGACAGAGGUCAAAGGUCUAUCAGGAGCAUGAAAAGAGGUGUUGGAGUGUUGACUUUAAUCUGAUGGAUCCUAAACUUCUGGCUUCAGGUUCUGAUGAUGCAAAAGUGAAGCUGUGGUCCACCAAUUUAGACAAUUCUGUGGCAAGCAUUGAGGCAAAGGCUAAUGUGUGCUGUGUGAAGUUCAGCCCCUCUUCCAGGUACCAUCUGGCUUUCGGCUGUGCAGAUCACUGUGUCCACUACUACGAUCUUCGUAACACUAAACAGCCAAUAAUGGUGUUCAAGGGACACCGAAAAGCAGUGUCUUAUGCCAAGUUUGUGAGUGGUGAAGAAAUUGUCUCUGCCUCAACAGACAGCCAACUAAAACUGUGGAAUGUGGGGAAACCAUACUGUCUACGUUCCUUCAAGGGUCAUAUUAAUGAAAAAAACUUUGUAGGCCUUGCUUCCAAUGGAGAUUAUAUAGCUUGUGGAAGUGAGAACAACUCCCUCUACCUAUACUAUAAAGGACUUUCUAAGACUUUGCUAACUUUUAAGUUUGAUACAGUUAAGAGUGUGUUAGACAAAGACCGGAAAGAAGAUGACACGAAUGAAUUUGUCAGUGCUGUGUGUUGGCGGGCACUGUCAGACGGGGAGUCCAAUGUGCUGAUUGCUGCUAACAGCCAGGGUACAAUUAAGGUGCUAGAAUUGGUAUAAAGAGUUUCCUGAUGUCAUUGUGUUUGAUCCUCCCAAAAGCCAUCUGCAGCUGAUGAUGAGAAGAAAAAGAAAUGGCAUGUGAUGUCUCUCUCAGCGUCAUUUGGAUUUGUUCUGAGUACCUUUUCCCUCCUUUAUGCCUUUGGGACAUUGGGAAUAUCCAGAGAAUUCUCCGCCAUCAGUAUAACUAUGAACUUUGCUGUUGGCAGUGUGGCUAUCUAAUUUUUGUGAUAGGGAAACAAAUUCUUUUAAAUAAAAAUAAAUAACAAAAAAAAUAAAUAAAAGUUUAUUGAGCCACAGCUGAGCUGGGAACAACUUUGUCAGGUAGGGUGAGAGUCUUUUGAAAAAGUAGCACUUGUGGGUUAUACAGAAUGUUCUGGCUAGGCCUGGAGAGAGGCUCAGUGAAUAAGAGCACUGGCUGCUCCUACAGAGGAUCUGGGUUCAGUCCCCAGCACCUACGUAGCAGCUCACUGCCACUUAUGAUUCCAGUAGGAGAUCUGACGUCCUCUUCUGGCCUCCUUGAGCACCAGUCAUGCAUGUGGUGCACAUACAAACAUCCAGACAAAACGCUCACACAUAAAAAUGAAAAUAAACCUUAUUUUAAAAGAAAGAUAACUGUACUGGUGAGUAAUUUUAAUGUUGUGUUUCCCAACUUUUUUGGAAUUACACAUAUCAACAUGAACAAAAGAUAAAAUGUGUGGAUUCCUUCCAGUGAAGUUAAUGUUUACAAUUUAAAAAAAUAAAGAAUUCCUUUCUACACACCCUGAUGAGGUCAUCACCAUCAGAUCUCUUGGUUUCCUCCAGGUCUGGUUAUAGACCUAAGAGUUUGACUUACUGAGAUCAAGUAAACAGGCGAGGAGGACUGUCCUUACAACUGCUGGUUCUCUUUUACACCAAUAAGCCCUCAAUUAAGCUAAGCUAGCUCUUGUUUUAACCACCAGACUUAUCCUGGCCAAGACUGAUCACUGACUUGGGGCAAGGUCAGCUGCCUUUUUCUAUAAAAGAAUAUAUAGGAAAUACUUACAGCUUUGCUGGCCAUAUGGUCUCUGUUUAACUGUUAGAACUGUUAGCUCUGCCCGUGUAGCAGGGAAGUAGCCACAGAUAGCUUAUGGGCAAAUGGGCAUGGCUAGAAAAUAGAUGGAAUUUCAAACUAUCUGCAGCUCAUUAUCUGCAGUGCUCUGAUUUAAACUUGUAUGCUCCGGUACCUACCCCCAGUUUCCAAACCGUGUGACCUCUUAAAUUGUCUAGUUAGUUUAUAAAUCAUUUUUACAUUGCAGGGCAUUGGGUUACACAAAAGUAACAUGGACUUAUAGUCUGAAUAGUUUUCAGCAAAUGGUUCAAGCAAAUUUUUCCACACAUUUCAUAAAACAUUUUCAGAAAGGUUUGGUGGGUACAGAUAUGCAUGAUCCACUGUCCAGUGGAUCUCUAAGCUAAAGGUUACUGAUACAUAAGGAAGCUCACACUUUUUUUUUUUUUGACUUAAAUUAUUGAAGCCUAGUGAGUGUCUCUUGAAAUUUAGAAUCCUUAAACUAUCAGUUCACAUAACACAUACAACUGUAUAUUAAUAGCAAUCCCCAACAGAACUAAAGCAGUAGUACAUGUCCAACACAUGCUUCUGCAACAAAGCAUGCAUAUUCACAUUAACAUGAGAUUGGUUAGGAAAAAGGAAAAAUUUAGGAAAGAGGAAAAAUAAUCGUACAGUAGUUUGUAUAAGGUUCUAUCAUCCAACUUGAGAGAAAUGUAUUAGGUUUUCAUAACUUCAAAAGAAUUUCAUCUUACAUAAUUUCUUACAUUUAGAAUCUAUGAAACUUAAUGGCCUCAAGUCUGAGAGAAAGGGUUAGGGAAAUGGCUCAGCAGUCAAGAGUCCUGCUGCUCUUGUAGAGAACCCAAAUUUGAUUCCUAGAACCCACAUGUGAGCUCACAACUGCUUAGAACCCUAGUUCCAAAGAAUCUGACACUCUCUCUUAACAUCCAAGGGCCCAAGGCAUAGAUGUGGUACAUAGAUAUAUGUGUAGGAGAAACACCCAUACAUACAAAUAAAUCCUUUAAAAAUCAAAAGUUAAGAUCUUUCACCAAUGAAUGUUAAAACUGGUAAAUGUCCAUUUGUAAAAAUGUAGGAAGAGAUCCUGGUAUUAGCAAUAAAUGUCCUGAAAAUCCUCAAAAUAGGAAGCAUUUAAUGCUAUCUUGAAUGUCUUUAAAUAGAGGUAAUAAUUUUUGUUCAUUUGUAUUGUUUUUAUAUGCUUUAUACUUUUAUUCUCAAGCUCUCUAUAUAAUAGAGCCAGUCAUGUUAGUUUACAUGUUUAGAAGAUACAGUAUUGCGUUUGGUUAUCAAAGGGAUGUGAUCUUUUAAAAUAAAUUAUUUUAAGAUAGUA